AUGUCAUCAACACUCUUUAUCAUAGUCAUUGACUGGAUCACGAAGAAUACAACAUCUGACAUCCCGAGAGGCAUCAGAUGGGGCACAUUCACGACACUAGAAGACAUGGACUUUGCAGAUUACAUAGACAUAUUCUUCCACUCCGACCAGCACAUUCAAGACAAGACCAACAGACUCCACAAGUACGCAGGAAGCAUUGGGCUAAAGAUAAGCACCAAAAAAUCAGAGGUCAUGACCCUAAAUGUUAACAACCCAACAGCUGUCAAAGUGGACGAUCACAUCCUCCCACAUACAAGCACCUUUACGUACUUGGGUAGCAAAGUAACAACAGAUGGUGGCCAUGGAGAAGAGACUGAUAUCGAACAGAGACUAUCCAACGCAAGAACAGCAUCUUAA